UGCAGUCCUACAGGCUCCCCACUGCCGCCAUUAUGAACAUCCGCAAUGCUCGUCCAGAUGAUCUAAUGAACAUGCAGCACUGCAACCUCCUUUGUCUUCCUGAAAAUUACCAGAUGAAAUACUAUUUCUACCAUGGCCUUUCAUGGCCCCAGCUCUCCUAUAUCGCUGAGGAUGAGGAUGGGAAGGUUGUGGGCUAUGUUCUGGCCAAAAUGGAAGAGGACUCAGAUGACGUCCCCCAUGGACAUAUCACUUCACUAGCCGUGAAGCGUUCACACCGGCGCCUCGGACUGGCCCAGAAGCUGAUGGAUCAGGCCUCCAAGGCCAUGAUAGAGAACUUUAAUGCCAAAUACGUGUCCUUGCAUGUCAGGAAGAGUAACCGGGCUGCCUUGAACCUCUACUCUAAUACUCUCUACUUUGAGGUUAGUGAAGUGGAGCCCAAAUAUUAUGCAGAUGGAGAAGAUGCCUAUGCUAUGAAGCGAGAUCUCUCGCAGAUGGCUGGUGAGCUGAAGAAAUGCAAGUAUGUGGUGAGCAGAGAGAAUGAAGUGGAGUCCCAGGACAACAUACUCCCUGGUUCCGAAGAGGCCUAUCAGGGGAAGGGUUCAGCUGCGGAGGAUACUGGGAGUGACAGCAAAGAACUCAGAGAGUGCACAAAGAGCCUCGAAGUCCAGAACGGUUUAGAAGACUUGAAUUCCACUGCUUAG